GGAGGCGUUACGGUACACGGUCCUUUUCUCAUGACUGCCUGUCAGCGAGUGAGACUAUAAGACGCAGGCGCCGUACAGUUCCUAGUACAUCCAACGGUCGGUUGAUCCUGUUGAUUUCUGGUGAUGGCGACUUUCAUUAGCGAACUUGAAGCUGCUAAGAAGAGCCUAAGUGAGGCUUUGGGGGAGAACGUAAAACAGUACUGGGCAAACCUGAAACUUUGGUUUAAACAGAAAAUCAGCAAAGAGGAAUUUGAUAUUGAAGCCAGGCGGCUGCUUACACAAGAAAAUGUUCAUUCCCACAAUGACUUCUUGCUGGCGAUUCUCACACGCUGUCAGAUACUUAUUUCAGCACCUGAAGGAACAGGCUCAUUAAAUUCUGCAACAAAACCUGGAAAACCAAAGGGCAAAAAAAAAAUCUCAUCUGUCCGCCAGAAAUUUGAUCAUCGCUUUCAGGCACAGAACCCCCUGGCAGGAGCCCAGCAGUUUGUGAGUAGAGAUCCACAGGAAGAUGAUGAGCUUAAAUUGUGUUCUCACACUAUGUCUCUUCCUACACGAGGGCAGUUGGAGGGUCGUAUGAUUGUUACAGCCUUUGAGCAUGGGCUGGAUAAUGUAACAGAAGAAGCAGUGACCAUUGUCACCUGUGCUUUAGAGAAACAUUUAAAAGAUUUGCUAACGUCCGUGGUUUCAAGGCGAAAGGCGUAUCGCUUAAAAGAUGGACAUUUCAGAUAUGCUUUUGGUUGCAAUGUCAAUCCUCAGCCUUAUCUAAGGAACAGUGUGGCAGCAUACAAUCAACUCAUUGAGUGCCCUCCUGUAUUCUCUUCUCCAACUGGCGCUCCAAAUUCUGGAAGCUACAUUCAUCCGGAUGAUGCUGAACAGCAAGCUGCACUUCUGUUAGCCUGCUCAGGAGACAACCUGACAGCUAGCUUGCCUCCUGUCAAUAUGUAUGACCUAUUAGAAGGCCUGCAGGUUCACAGAGAAGCCAUCCCUUCACACACAGUCUAUGCAUUAAACAUGGAACGAAUCCUUAUGAAGCUAUGGCACCCAAACACUGAAGAACUACAACAGGAUGAAAUCCACCGUCAGAGACUGGCAGCCAAAGAUGGUCUUCUCUUGUGCUAAAAGACUGAAAAGACUGAAUGUGGCAAACUCUUUUAUGGACCAAUACAAUCAGUUCGCCACCAGUUCAUUUUUUUUUUACUUUUCACAGGCUGUUGCACUUAUUUAGUGCUGUCAACCUGUCAGGACAGUUUAGUACAUGUACAUUAACUUAUGCCCGCUGUGAACUGUAUGUUGGUAAAACUUUUCAUUAAAAAAAACCCCUAAGCUGUUUAUUUAAA